AUGGCUACCCUCAUUCCAGGAGUUCUAGAGACGCUGAGGAUUGUCGGGGAUGCAGCGUUGAACCCAACCCUUCUGGUCUUAGCUCUCGCCUUUCUUACUUAUGGCCUACCACAUCUCAUUGUCAAAAUCACCGGAUCUGAGUUCAUUGCACGCUGGAUUGAUGUCUUUGGUCUCAAGGCAGCUCUAAAGGCCUUAGUCACUCUUGGAAUCGGUCUCGUCGGGAACCAAAUCCAGAAUCUUCGUGCAAGUAACAACUGGAGUCUUUUCGCCCGAGGAUCAUGGAUCUGGCCGGAAGAAAUCGCCGUCGUGACUGGUGGGUGCAACGGCAUCGGAAAAGCCAUCGUCCUUGCCCUUGUCCGAAAGGGUGUACGAGUUUCCGUUCUCGACGUGGCAGACUUUCCGCCAGAACUUGCACAGAUUGGCACCGUAUUUUACUGGAAAUGCGACCUCUCUUCAGCUUCUGCUGUAGCAGCUAUUGCUGAUAGCAUCCGCGAGACCAUCGGCCACCCCUCCAUUCUGAUCAACAAUGCUGGUAUGGCGAACCGAAGUUCCAUCCUUGACUUGACCCCGGAAAAGGCGUCAGAACUCAUUGGGGUAAAUCUCAUUUCUAUUUGGUACACGGUCAAAGCAUUUUUGCCAAAUAUGAUCCUAGAGAACAAGGGACAUAUUGUCACAAUGGCGAGCAUGUCCUCCUUUAUCUCGCUGCCAACCGCCGUUGACUAUUCAGCAUCAAAAGCAGGUGCGUUGGCUUUUCAUGAGGGCCUGGCCUGCGAAAUCAGGCAUCUCUAUAAAGCGCCUGGUGUGUUGACGACGGUGGCUCACCCUAUGUGGGUUGAUACCAACAUGACCAAGGAUCGUCAGGAAGCGAUUGAGCGCAGCAGUGGGAACAAAAUGAUGAAACCCGAGGACGUAGCCCAGGUCGUUGCGGAUCAAAUCUUUUCUCGCCGCGGGGCCCAGCUCAUUAUCCCACCCAGCGUCACAUGGCUGUCUGCAGUGAAAGGGUUUCCCAACUGGCUCCAGGAGCUCAUCAGGGACUCGAUCGCAAAAACACUGUGA